UGAGAGGCGCGGGGCAGCUUUGAGAUCACGUGCCUUUGGGAUCAUUUCAAGGUUCUCCUCGCGAUCGUCCCAUUUUCUGCCUACUUGGGAUGAAAUCACGGUGGUACAGUUAUCUGCACGACUUGCGUUCUCCUACGUCUUUGCAUUUGUGGUUUUUGCAUGGUCAAGUGGCAUAGCAGCUCUGCGAUAAUUAUUUAUUGAUUCAACGUUCUUUGAGAUGACGACGUUUGUAAAAGUCGCUCUGCUGUUGCUUCUAUUGUUGACAGGCGUGGCAGGCUUCGCUUACUCACAGAUCAAAUUCCUAUCCCUACCUAUCCCACAAUCUCUUGCGCUCUUCACGGUCGUCCUACCGCUCUUGACCGGUUUCUCGACAAUAGUCGUGUACAGCUUGAUCCAGCGAUCCUCGAGGAAUGAGCAGAACCGACUCACCAUACCCCUGAUUGCCGUUAUCGGGUUCCAGCUCAUCUACGAGACAGUGGUUACAACUCUCGCAUUGACUCACAUUCUGCCACCGGAUGCGUUGGUUUGUGGUCUUCGCGAUAGGUGGAUGAAGCUGGUUGUGGCCGAUGACGGCGAUGCUGUAAGGGCAAUCCAGGACAGCUUCAAGUGCUGCGGAUUCAAAACAGUCAAGGACAACGCCUUCCCUUGGGGGAAACCUUCACCAUGUCAGGAUAUCUUUCAUUACACCAAAAGUUGCUUGAAAGCUUGGAGGAAAGCAGAGCAGGUGAUUUCAGUCAUCGCUCUCCUUAGCGGCUCCUCUUGGACUCACUCAAAAUGGGUCCGUCUUUUCAACCAGUUCAGAAAUCAAGCUGCAGAGGAGCCCGAAGGUGAUAAUAGAGCAAAUAUGAGAAGACUGAUCGAAGAGGGUAUUGGAGCGGAAACGUACCAAGACGAGCCCAGUGAAGGGUUCUCGCCUCGGGCACUAGAAGCCAGUUCUGAGCAUCAUGAGGAAGGCCCCCGAGUUGUGCAAUCAUCACUACUGGAUAGCGGGAACGAGUGGCGCGAUGAUGGAGAGAGUCACAGGCACUGAAUUUCUGCUCACAAUGUGAAGACAUGGGGAUCUGGUGCAUAUUGUUGGAGCCUGGGGCUGGUGGUGGAUUUAAUCAAGUUCUGUUGGGGGCAUUUGCACCUAUUACGGAGGGUAAAAUGCGAAAAGAGAGAGUUCUCCUUGGUUUCUCCUUUAUAUUCCUGGUAUAUCACUGCCACCUAAUC